UAAGAUUUGAACCACAAUUUCUGCAAAAAUCUUACUUUUGAUCAAACUUUGCCCUGUUACAAAUGGCGAAUCGAAGAGCCAAUAAAAAAUCGACUAACGGUGUCCAUACUCUCACUAGAGGUACUCUAUACACGGCCAGCUUCCACUCUAUCUGAUCCUCUUUGGUCGGAAACUCAUUCCCACACCCAAUAUAAAUCUACGCUGUCUAGACAGCGUCUAUCCUCGUAGUUCGUUACGCGCCGAAGAAGGAUAGAAGAAAAAUUUCCACAAGGAAUACUACCGGCACUACCGCCCUUCGGGGAAAGUACGCGGCUGCCGCGCCGUUAGGCCAAUCAUCGGUCGCGUCGUCAUCGGCGGCUCCCCCUCUGCGCAUGCGCGCGCAACGUCGUCUCGAGUGACGAGUCUCGAGUCUUGACACUCUCGAAGUCUCGAGUCUCGACCCGACAGCCGCGCAUCUCGCUCGUUUCUCGCUCAUUCGUACCACAGCGUCGCUAGGAUUCGGAUGUGCUUGCGUAGCUCGUAAGAGUGAAGGGCAAAGAGAAUCGUUAGGCGAAGUUCGAGGCUAACCUCCUAAGAGUAGGGUUGUGCGAGUAGAUAGAGAUAGUAUAAGCUAGGUGUUUCGCGGUUUUCGCUUAGGUCUCGCGUUUAGCUUCGUGGAUCCCUUAGGUUCCGUGGACUCGAGCAAGAUGCCGAAAAGAUCAGGCAACAAUAGAUGGGGCGGCCGCGGUAACAACCGAGGAAAAGGGUAUUUUGUCGACAAUUUGCUUUUAGGUCACGAUGAUCGUACGAUGGUACGAAAUGGAGGAAGGGAUGGUGGACCUCACGUCGGUCCCACCAAACAUCGCGUAUCGUUUAAGACACGUAGGCCGAAUCACAGGGAUAUGUCGCGUAAUUUGAUAUUGUCAAAUUUACUGGACGAGGACAUUCCAAUGGCGGGUAGUUCCAACAAUAAUACUAGCCAGGUGAUAAUAAAUCAGAGGGAUAGAGAUAGAGGUAGGGGUGAUAGGCAUACGGUCUCUCGCGGUAGGAACAGUCCGAUGCCGAAUAGGAAUUUCAAAGGAGGUCAAGCUGGUGUGAGGUCACGGCUUGUUCAAUCCGAUUGGUAUAAAAUAAUUGUAAGUACAUAUAUUAUACGCAAAUAAUUAUGUUAUGUCAAUGAUAUGUACAGGGUGUAUCAUUUUAAGUGAUGCAGCUAAAUAUCUCUUAAAAUAAAAGAGAUAGGAAAAAUGUUUUAAACAAUAGUUUUAUGGUUCCAAGGGAGGCAGAAGUUGGCCAUGUCAGUUUAAUUGUAGGUGUCGCCACUUUCGAGAUUUCUACAUGGCGGCCAUUUUUGCAAAUGGCAACCGAUUUUUAUGUUCCAGUGAAUGUCGUAGGUGACAUGGAGACAAAUACAACGGUUUUUUAUUUUUUGAAAUUGGAUCAUUUUUCACUGAGUUACAGUGUUCCAAAGUUUAUAAUUUAAGUAAAAGGUUUCGACCCCCAUACAGUGUGCGUAUUUUGUGACUUCAAACUGUCCUUCUCUCUCUCUCUCUCUCUCUCUCUCUCUCUCUCUCUCCCCCCUCUCUC